AUGGAUUUGUGGAUGCAAAAUGUGGUCUCUAUGAUGACCGAUUCAUUGGAUGGGGAAGUAUCCAGUGUACCGCACAUAAAGAAAGAAAUGGACGGUUUCCACGAGCCCAAUGCAGAAAUGUAUGCGUCCCCAACGACCACCACCAUCUUGAGCAGCGAGAACAUCAAAUCGUCAAAGAAUGAGGUGGAUUUCAACGAAACUAGUUACGAUAAAAGCAUCAGAUCCCCGACGAGCCCCGAACGACAGUAUUGUUCGUCGACCACGCAGCCUCACAACGACUCAGGAAUAGGAAUAAUCGAGGGCGAUAUUAAAGAGGAGGACUCGCCGAGGAGGCUGUGCCUCGUUUGCGGAGACGUCGCUUCCGGUUUCCACUAUGGCGUGGCUUCCUGCGAAGCCUGCAAGGCGUUUUUUAAGAGGACCAUACAAGGUAACAUCGAGUACACUUGUCCGGCGUCCGGCGAAUGCGAAAUAAACAAAAGGAGACGGAAAGCCUGCCAGGCGUGCAGGUUCAGGAAGUGUCUCAGGUCCGGCAUGUUGAAAGAAGGCGUCCGAUUAGAUAGGGUCAGAGGCGGCAGGCAGAAGUACCGUAGAAAUCCCGAUAGUCCUUAUCAAGUACAAGUAGUUACAGCACAAAGACCUACCCUUCUACUAGAAGAUAUAAAGAUGUUGGAAGCUCUAAUAGGCUGUGAACCCGAUCCGUUAGAGAGCAACAAAGCGUUGGAGAGUUCGAAGCACCGCGUCCUGUCGAUACUGAGCGAUCUCUACGACAGAGAACUGGUGGGCAUCAUCGGCUGGGCCAAGCAGAUACCGGGCUUCACGGAAUUGACGCUCAACGAUCAGAUGAGAUUGUUGCAGAGCACCUGGGCCGAGAUACUGACGUUGACGCUGGCCUUUCGCAGUCUACCGCUGAAAGGUAUGGGGCGCUUGCAGUUCGCCAUGGACUUCACGUUGGACGAGAAGGCGUCCAAGGAGUGCGGAUCGUUGGAAUUGUACCAAACUUGUUGCCAAAUAGUGGACAGGUUGGAUAAACUGUCUAUAUUCAAGGAGGAAUAUUAUUUAUUGAAAGCGCUCGUUCUCACCAAUUCUGAUGUUAAAAUAGAGGACUAUCAAUCGCUCAAGAAAUUCAGGGAUUCGAUACUAACGUCUUUAUCGGACACCGUUGGUAUUCUAAGACCUAUGGCAGUUUUGAAUCACACUCAACAGUUGUUGUUGUGUCUACCGGCCCUGCGACAGGCGAAUCACGUGGUGAGGCGGUUCUGGUGCGACGUGCACCAGAGAGACUUAGUGCACAUGAACAAACUGUUUUUGGAAAUGUUGGAAGCUUAUUGCCGGUAG